AUGGAUAUUUACAGAUUAAUCUCUUUCUUCACUAUUCAAUCAUUUUAUUUCACUGUAAGUUGUUCAUGUAACUGUUCAUUGGAGAUGGCGAUAAUAAAUGAAAGUUUCUGCCUGUACAAAUUUCACGACAACUCUGUGUCAGUAACCCAUCAAACACCUUGCAUAAUUUAUCAAACAGAGAAAUAUGUUAUGGAAUCAUUACAGUCUUCUGGAUGUGAGAAUCUGUCUCAGAAAAGAAAACUGUUAAAAUACAAUUCUGCAAAAAAAAGUUAUAUCAUUGCUUUUAUCAUCGUUGAAGAACUUAUGGUAGGCUUUUUCGGCUGGUGGAAUGGUAUGAAAAGCGAAACUUGGCUCGAUUCAAUCACGUUGAAUUCCUUAAUCCUCAGCCGUAAUCAGAAUGACAAGAGUGAUAGCUUGCCACUGCUGCAUAGGAAUUUUGAAAAACAAUUGUGGAAAUUUUAUACGCCAUCGUGUUCAACUACAAAUGCUGCAAAAUCGUCAGACACCUCCAAAUCGAGGAAAAUUCAUAUAAACCCAAAAAAAAACAACGAAAAGCUUGCUUCUAACGCUAUACGUACAUUUCAAUAUGCUGCAUGGUCGUUCAUCCCCCUUUUUUUAGCCGGACAAUUCCGUAGAGUCAGCAAUAUUUUCUUUCUCUUCGUAGCUUUGUUACAACAAAUUCCUGGCAUCAGUCCGACUGGUCGGUGGAUUACGGCUAUCCCACUUUCCAUUAUGCUUUCUAUCUGUGCUUUAAAAGAACUUUUCGAAGAUUUUGUAAGAUUUUGCCAACUGCAGUCAAAUUUACUCUACUUGAAAAAAUUCAAAAAGACACAAAAUCUAAAACGUGUAAUUAGAGUAGAUACAGUUCACGGACCACUUAUAAGGAGGAGGAUAUCUGAUAAAAAAGUGAAUAGUCGUUUGGCAUCCGUUCUACGAUACAGCAAAUGGGCAAAAAUAAAAUGGGAAGAGAUUGCCGUUGGCGAUAUCGUCAAAGUGGAAGAGGGUAUGUCCUUUCCUGCCGAUCUGUUAUUACUUUCAUCCAGUGAAGAAAACGGGUUUUGUUACACUGAAACCUCAAAUAUCGAUGGUGAAACCUAUUUAAAAAGACGGAACGGCUUAGAGAACACUUCUUAUUUGAAAGAUGUAACAAAACUUCAGGAAUUUUAUUGUGAGGUCGAGUGCGAACAACCAAAUAAAUUUUUAAACCAGUUUCGUGGGACGUUAACUGUUGCGGGACAGAAGUACUCCUUAGUGAACUUGCGUGUGAUACAAAAAUUAAAAAGUACUAAAGCAGUCCUUUAUGGGAUAGAGCACAUUCUCCUCCGCGGAGCCCGCUUGAAGCAUACAGAAUGGAUUUACGGUGUGGUUUUGUAUACAGGCCAUGAGACGAAACUACUUUUAAAUUCCAGUGCUGCUCCGAUUAAGCUGUCGAGCUUCGAGAAGUCGUUGAAUGAAAAAAUGAUUUAUAUGUUCGCAGCUUUUAUAACACUUGUUAUUAUAAGUGUUGUUGCUGCCAACGUUUGGCGUCCUUCAGCAUGGUUGAAUUUGAACAUCGUUACUACAUCAGGAAACGAAAAGUCAGUUUUUUACAAUGUAAUAACAUUUUUCAUUCUCUACAAUAAUUUAUUGCCGAUAUCGUUACUGGCCACGUUAGAAAUGAUUCGAUUUUUCCAAGCCUGGUACAUUAACAACGAUUUGGAAAUGUGCGAUGACUUUUCAAAUACUCCUGCAGUAGCAAGGACAUCUAAUUUAAUGGAGGAGUUAGGAAAGGUCAAUUUUGUGAUGUGUGAUAAGACCGGAACAUUGACUCAGAAUGUAAUGAGGCUUAAAAAGUGUUCUGUAGCGGGCAUCGGCUAUGGCAGUGACGAAACCGAAGAAUUUGAUGGAAGUGCCAUAACUGAAUGUUUGAGAAAACCGCAAAACACGUCGAGCGAUUACUUAAAAGAAUUUUUACGCAUGUUGGCCAUAUGUCAUACCGUUACACCUGAAAAACGAAAAGAUAGAAAACUGGUUUAUCAUGCGUCGUCGCCUGACGAAGGUGCCUUGGUUCAUGCAGCCCGGAAUCUAAAAUUUGUUUUUUGCAAACGAGAGCCCGGCUUGGUUGUUGUAAAUGAGUUAGUGGAAAUGCACUUAACGCAGGACUCUGUCAUCUAUAGCCGUUUAAAUGAGAAUUCAGGGUUCCAAAAAGAAUGUAAAGAUUAUUUACAGGAAUAUGCGACAAAGGUGAAUUUUGAUGUACAACUUUCUGAGCAAUAUAAGUAGCU